GACGAGUGAAAUAUUCAAACCAUGAAGAUAACUUAUCUUCUCUUUGCUUUCGGGUUGCUUUGUACUGUUGCUUACGCAGCCACAAUUCAAGACGAUGAAAACUUUGAAAAUGCAGUUCUGAACGAAUCUGAUGAAGAAACCUCUCCAGAGGAUAACAUCGAGAAAGAAUUGAAAGUAAAUAAUGAUCAAAAUGAACUGUCGGAGGAUGAUGACGAUUUGGAAGCUGAUCCAACACUAGAAAAACGCUCACCUUUUCCUUGGCGUAGACGUCGUCGUCGUCGUCAUUACCGUCGUCGUCGUAACCGUCGUCGUCGUAACCGUCGUCGUCGUAACCGUCGCCGUCGUAACUGAUAAGCUAAUGGAUGAAUGAACUGUGGAUACCGUUGGAAGACCGAAGACUAACCAUUAUUGAGGAACAUUCAGUGAUUAUAUAGAUGUAGUUUAAAUAGAGACUCUUGUAUGAGUUGCAUGUAGAAAAAAUAAUAAAUGAUGCAAUAAAAA